CUCCCAAAUCCCAUUUUCAAGCACCAACAAAACCUUCCCAAAAACCCAAGAACACAAUCCUACAAUCUCUGUAAAAAUCUUUCAAAAUCUCAUCCAAACAAAAAUCUAAUACAAUCUUUAUGGAUUCGACGCCCCCAUAUCGAUCGGAACCACGGUCCUCUACCAAGCCCGACCAAUCCCCUAAUCUCUCGCUGGGUUUGGUUCCCUCAUCGCCAAAGAAAACUCUAUCUCCUUCACCUUUGUGUCUCAGGUCUUCUGGUUCUCUCCCUCUUCAAGAGCUUCUGCUUCUCUCGCCUUCGCCUCUCCGAAAAUCAAAAUCCCGUCUCGCCGAUCGGCUCGAAAUGGCCGCCGAAGAGAGUAUGGAACCAGCGGGGACUCGCAGGAGGUGCAAAAGCAGAACGACCCAGAUGGGUCUGUUGGGUUGUGCCUCGCCUAGGAAUAUUAGGAGGUCGAGAAGACGAUCGGAGCAGGAGAUUCGAGAAGAGGGUUUGGUGGAGGAGAUUGCGAAGCCGAGGAAAAGGCGGCAGAGCGGGCGGACCAAGAAGGAAAAGCUGAGUAUGGUUCCUUCUGUACCUUGUUCAAGUUCAUCUCCAAAAACUGAUGAAGAAGAUCAAGUUUGUCUAAAUCGAAUUGGACAAUUGAUGAAUGAUCUAAUCAUGUGGAAAGAUGUCACAAAAUCGAGCCUUUGGUUCGGUGUUGGGUCUCUAUUCUUUUUGUCUUCUUGCUUUACUAAUGGAGUUAGUUUUAGCAUUUUCUCGGCUCUUUCUCAACUAGGAUUUCUGUUUUUGGGUGCAUCUUUCUUCUCAAACUCAAUCUGCCAAAGGAACAACACUGAAACAAAGCCCAAACUUAUCAUCAAAGAAGAUGACAUUUUGCUUGUGGCCAAAGUGAUACUUCCUACCAUAAAUCUUGCAAUAUCAAAGACAAGAGAGCUAUUUUCAGGAGAGCCAUCCAUGACCCUCAAAGUAGCUCCAAUCCUCAUUUUAGGAGCAGAAUAUGGGCACCUUAUAACACCAUGGAGGCUUUGUUCACUAGGUUUUUUUAUCGCCUUCACAGUCCCAAAGCUGUACUCGUACUACUCCAUUCAGAUAAGCCAAAAAGUUGAGUACUUAACAUGGUGGCUGGUGGAAGCAUGGGGUUCUUGCUCACACAAAAAGAUUGUGGCAGCAUCUGCAGCCGCAGCCUUUUGGAAUUUGUCUUCAGUAAAGACCCGUAUUUUCACAGCAUUUAUAUUUCUGGUAUUACUCCGGUGCUGCCGGCAGCGUGUAGUACAAAAUGUGGAAGAUGAGGAAGCAGAAGGAGAUCAACAGGAACAGCAGCAGGCAUUGGUUGUGGCAGAUAUAGGAGGGUGCCAAAAGUAGCAGUGUUUAGCUUGUCAUAAGCAAUUCUGACAUGGAAAAAGUUUCCAUGGGGAGAAUUAGCAAUAAAAAGUGAGCUUCCUCAUGAAAAUGAUUUAUUUCCCCAUAAGAUCUGCUUCUUGUCAUUGUAACAUAAUUAACUCAUAUUGUUUUCACUAAUUACACCUGGUUCUGAAUAAUUUUGCUUACUAAAGUUACUAUAAGAGUAACUGCUUCUGUUCCUUUUCUUCUUGCUGAACGGAAAUUUGUUAUUUUGCUAUAAAAAAAAUAAAAAAAUAAAAUAAAAAUUGUCAAAAUAGUUAUUUA